UUUUGCAGCUGAAUCCUGUUGUUUUGAUUUUAUCGAUUGUUGUAAACUGUAAAUGAAGGCCUUUUUUGUGCAGUAGCACAUUUUUCUGAAUGCUUCAUUGAGCACCAAUCGUAGUGUGAUACUGUAAGAGACAAAUUAGAAGUCGCCACGCAAUGACUUCGGCGUCGUCGAGUAGCGCUCGCUCACUGUUCGCCGAAUCAAAGCAAAGACUAGCUGAGAGAGUGCAAGUCAACAUGAAUAAUAUUUCGUCUUUGGCCCGGCAAAUACAAAGAGGAUCUAAGUCCAAUGAGUUACUAUCAAAAGCAGCUCGAGACAUGGCUUCAACGGAGCAUCAGAUAGAAACCAGUGAAGAGAACCUUAAGAAGAUGCAACUCAUUGGCGUUCACAUGGGGUACCAGUUCGAGAACAUACAGAAAUCCGCACAAAUGCUUACGGAGAUCGGAGAGAAAGUUAAUGCUAUGCAAAGAUGAUAGAUGUAGUUUAGUUUGUUAUUAUAGCACAAUUAUUCCCAGUUCAUAUUAUUAUGAAGUUAAUAUACUUAGAAAGAAGUAAUUUUUUAAAAAUGUUAUGUUCUGAAACAAUUAUUUUUGUUUAUUGCUGUCCCUAU